GGAGACAGGGGGAUGUCAAAAGAGUGGGAGGGAUAGAGAGAACAGAGAGGGAGUAAAGCAUUACGGUGAAGGGAUGAGAGCGGAGUGAAUGAAGCUCACUCUGUAUGUGCAGGCGAGAUCAGACAGGAGUAAGGAAGAGCGGAGGCAAUUAGACCUGCAGCAGGGGUGACGGAGGGCAUGCCAUCUGCACCUUGGAGGCACCCAGGAGACAUGCAGAGGAGGGGAGAGGGGACCUUCUUAACUCAAUGUUUUAGGGGCUUCCUCUGUUUGGGGCAAGAGCUGACAUGGCUGAGCUUACUGGAGACUGAUGGGCAGAGUGCUGCUGACAGUCAUAACUCUGACUAAAGAAAAGUGCUUCUUUUCCUAAGUGUAUCCUGUGAUUUUUGUGGCAACGGGACAUUUUUUGUCUUUGUACAUGGAUUAACAAUACUGUUGGGGCAGCUGUCGUUUCCACCCCUCCCCUGCCCUGUGAUCACCCACCUGAGCCAUGAGACGGUCCAGCACCGAUGAAUCCACUUACCAUCGCAGCCCAUCUCUGGACAGUAAAGACUACUCUCUGCCCAAAGGGGGUGCCUUCCGGCGCUAUAGCAGCCUUUAUGGGGGGCAGUUUGGGGCAUCCGCUGGUGGCUCUUUCUUUGGGUUCCACACCAAUCCGGGGCCAAAAGCUACUAAAUCGAAGUACACGUCCCCGAAAGGGAAUAAGUAUGUGGUUUUUUACCUGGAUCUCUCCUUCAUUUUUCUCCUAGAGCUGAAGAGGUGCAGGAUGGCACAGAACUGCCUGCAGUGUAUGAAAUAUCUCAUGUUCGUCUUCAACCUCCUUUUCUGGCUAGGAGGAUGCGGAAUCCUGGGAGUCGGGAUCUGGCUGGCGGUUACACAGGGAAACUUUGCCACUCUCUCCUCCUCCUUCCCCUCUCUGUCGGCUGCCAACCUUCUGAUUGCCACUGGAACGGUCGUGAUGAUUGUUGGGUUUCUGGGCUGCAUCGGGGCCAUCAAAGAGAACAAGUACCUGCUUCUGAGUUUCUUCGUCUUGUUGUUGAUUAUUCUCCUCCUGGAGAUCAUUGUGGUCAUCCUGUUCUUUGUGUACACAGACAAGAUUGAUAGAUAUGCUCAGCAGGACCUGAAGAAGGGUCUUCAUUUGUAUGGGACAGAAGGCAACAUUGGCCUCACCAAUGCAUGGAGCAUCAUUCAGACAGAUUUCCGAUGCUGUGGGGUGGCUAAUUAUACAGACUGGUUUGAGGUGUACAACGCCACCCGUGUUCCAGAUUCCUGCUGCCUAGAAUUCAGUGAAAACUGUGGCCUCCACUCUCCGGGCACCUGGUGGAAAGCGCCAUGCUAUGAAACAGUGAAGUUUUGGCUCCAUGAAAAUCUUGUGGCUGUUGGGAUAUUUGCGCUCUGCACAGCUUUGGUCCAGAUCUUAGGACUCACAUUUUCCAUGACUAUGUAUUGCCAGAUGGCAAAGACUGACACAUACUACGCCUGAACCGCUCCAUCACCUGUGCACUCCGCACUGGGAGGUGUGCAGGAGGAAUCCACACGACUUUGACACCCGCUCUUCCUUCAUUUUGUUCUUCCUCGUUUCAUCCUGGAUGCCAUCCCAGUUGUACGGAAUGUCUGUCUUACCAUGAAUUUUUCCUUGGAAUGGAGCAGAAAUAUUGGAUAGGAGGUUGGCCAUGCUGAUUGGACCAUUUAGUUUAGAGGAAAGGAAAAUCAAGAUUCAGGAGUAUCGCUGGAUGUAUGUGUCCCAGGAAAAAAACGAAGGCUGAUGAAAAUAUAACUCAAACACAAAAUGGCAGCUUGUAUCCAGCAGCUGGUAAAUCACUGCUAACAGGACCACUGUCCUGUUUUAGGCCAUGUCUAUAGCGGAGCUUUAAGAGCACAUGACAGGCUAAAAUGUUAUGCAGACCAGUGUCUUGCUGCCCCCUCCCAUGCUGUAAGGCUUAAACUUGAGAAAACAGGCAUAUAUAAUGACUCUAGCAACUCUCACCCAGCCCAGAGUAGCCCAGCUUCUCAAGUUGUUGAAAUAGUAUGAGUUGGGGUACCAGCAGUGGUACAGUUCAAUUAUGCAAUCGUGCAAUGAGUAAAAAUCACCAACAUGGAAAUUCCCACUGUACAUCUCAAACAAAAAUCUUUUUUGCAGUUCUUCGUGCCCCCCCUCACCAUUGGUGCAUUUAGCACCAGUACCCUACUGCCAUUAUGAGCGGGGUUUAUUGCAAGAAACACAUUUAUUCUUGUUCUUCACUUGGAUAAGUUCAAACCAUGCUCUUUACUGAAUCAACAAAGAAAUGAAAUGUACGGAAAGAUUAUCUUCUUCAAGAUAAACCAUUCGCAGAGGGACCAACUGUAUUAAAAAGAAAUGGACGGAUCUUUCAGGCUGUUUGAAGGCCAGAUGUCUUUGUGAAAAGGACUCCGCACACAUGUAUAUAUUGUUUUGGUAUUGAAGUGUGUCCACGCAUACUAGUGUCUAGGUAGGAACUUGGUCCUAACAGACCCCAAGGUUGCUGGGAUGUAAAAACUAUUUACUGGUCUGCUAACUCAUCCUGGUUUUACUGUCCACUUCUGGAGCACAGACAGGAUUCCCUUUAUACUCCAAAAAGAACCUAACUAGCACAACAGGCAUUCUUUUCAGUGCCGUUUCUAUAGUAGAACCUACAGUUUGAAACUGCCAGAAAAUCAGCAGGUCUGCAUGUCUUUUUAUAACCAAGAAGACAGCUCAGUAGGGACAAUCCACACGCACACUAAGAGGGACAGCACAUUUGUAACAGUUAUAAGCCUCAGUACCCCCAGGCUCUGCCAUGGUAUAAUACUGUUCUGCCUCUCAGCUCAUGUGCCAGUUCCUGUAAUAAGUUACACGGAGCCAGGUUACACGACACUUCUUACCCCGUUUUAACAAGCAAGGCAGCUAGGGUUUUUGCACGCUAUCUUAGUUAGGUUUGACAGUGAUGCAAAGUCAUUGUAUCUGUUUGUAUACAGGCGCACAUAAAACCCAUUUUAUCAAGGUUGAGGAGCAACACAUCACUAUCCCCCCUGGGAUGGAAGAGCUACUUUUUUAAUUUAGUUUGUCUUAGUUCUAUGCUUAAUGAUAAACUCUUCUGUCUAGGAAUUGAGAACCCUGUGGGGUUUCCCACUGGUACAUUCAGUCCCUAUUCACGCUGUAUAUACAUUAUUUAUGCAAGAGGUAUAGUGAAAGGAAAAAAUGUUCUAAUAAAAAUCUUUAACAAAA